AAGCUCGCGCUCUCUGCUGGACAUGACGUGUAUAACCGACAGUCGCCGUUGUCAAGGAACUGCGUCCUCGGUUGCUAUCAUGGAGGGAUUGUACACAGACUCAGGUGAGGCAGCUUGGAAAACGUCAACUUAGCCUAAAUAUUUAUUAACUUUUUAAAGAGGAUGUAAUUCUUCCGGAGACGUUGUUGCGAUGUGGAUUCAAGAAUUUCCUUUGCAAGUUUUUCUGCGCCCUGAAAAUGGUUGAAUAAAUUAGCACGGAGCACCGCUGACGUUAGCUUAAAAAAAGGACCCAACAAGCCAAGUUAGCAGCUAGCAGCACUGCUGGAAGCUGAACCUGUAUGUCUGCCCGGUGUCAGCAAGGAUCAGCAGCCCCGGAGGAUGCAAGUUCCUCGGGACAACUUCUUCUACCACUCAAAUUCGAGGUUUGGAGCUGAUGAAGACCCCCAUGAUGACAGACAACUUUUGGUUGAAGAGCAGAAGUUGUGCAGAGCCCGAGCUCGCAAGUUUUCCGUGGAAACCAACCGACGCAGGAAGGUUCUGGAGGACAAACGGAAACAGUGGGACGUGCAGGAGCAGCGACUGAGGGAAAACAUCCUGAAGCAACGCAGACAGCUAGUAGUAGAGGCAACCGAGCGCUUCCAAAGAGCUCAUCUACCUCCUUCUCAGAGACGAAGGCAAUCUUUCAGAAGGCACGCCCCAAAUAUUGAAGAUGCACUCAAUCAAAUUCAAGGCAACCUGAGUUCGUACACCCGGCAGUCCUCUUUCUUGUCCAGCAACUCUAACAUUAGCAGAAGCUGCACUCCCUCUCCAAGGCCUCCCACAGUAUCUAAAUCUUCCCACCGCCAAGCCCUCUGCACUGUGGAGGCCUACACAAGACAGCUUCAGGAGCAGAGCGCUUGUGUCAAGAGCAGUCAAGAAACUCCAAAGACUCAAGAGAGGCAACAAGAUCACAGUCCACAGGACAACCACCCGUCCUAUUGCUGUAAUCCUGACAGCCUUUCAAGUAAGGACAGUUUGGAGAAUGAGGAACCCAACCACAGCAAAAAAAAUCUACAGUGUUCCUAUUCAUCCCUCUUGCUUGACUCGGAUAAACCCCAUCUAGACUUGAGAAAGCAAAAUGAUUUGUGUCCAUCAUCAGACCUAGCUUCUCUCUCAGCCAUGAUGCAUCUUGGUAAUAACAUACCCCUAUCGAGAAAACUACAUGAACCUAAGCAGAAAAAACAAGAGGAGACUGAAGGGUUUAACAAUAAGAUGCAUGUUUCCAAAGCUCCAUGGGGGUUCACAUCUAUUGAGCAAACACCAAAAACAGAGGCCCAGCCUGCUCUGCAAAACUGCAGCUUGUUAACUCUUGAAAUUAUUAGUGGAGAGCCAGAGCACUGUGAGGUAAACUACCCACAAAACAGUCCUGGUGACAACAUCAUGGUUACAAGUCAUACUGCUCCUGGAAACACAGUACUUGAGUCUUCAUGUCUUAAACAAGUUGGACAACUGUUGGAUCUCAGACAGCAGAGGGUCCAUGAUGACAGACAAAUAAAACAUCCAUCAGCUUCAGAAAUUCUUUUGCCUGCCAAAAAUGGCAACAGCAAAGACAUUUUGUUUGGGGCUCCCCCUCCGCCAAAUAUUUUCUUGAACAAUAGUACAACAGAUAAUGCCUCACAAGAAGGAAUUCCUCAGCAAACAGGAAAAGAACACUACUAUCUGUCAUCCCAGAAAGAGCCUAGUGCUUCUAUAAACAACCUCAACAAGGUUUCAAACUCAGAGCCCAAAACCGAGAAGCCCAUUAAUACUGCAUCGCUGCAACAUGUAUGCAUGUCCAACAUUCAAUCAGAUAGUCCUAAGUGCCUUAAGUAUCCUGAGGAGGAAGUACAAAAAUUGCCUGUUUCAAUUGGGACAUCUCAUUCAGUAUGUGAAGUCAGAUUCAUCAAAGGAAUCCUUAAAAAGCCGUCUAAAUAUAUGUCAGGAGAUACCGCUUGUGUGUAUGGCUCAGGACAUUUGAUUUUUGCAAAACAAGUAGCUUUAGCAAUCAGAGAUAGUGUUGAAUUAACAAGAGCAAAAACAAAGGAGGAGAGCAACAACACUGUAAAGAAGAAGCUGCGUUGGUUUGAUGAGGUACAUGUGGAAAAAGAGGACAAAGAACAGGCCAUAAUAAAACAGAUGAAAGGCAAAUCAUCCAAUCUAUCUCCGACAAAGAACAACUCAGAGGACCACCAGCUAAGCCUCACUACAGUCUCAGGGGCUUCCAAGCCUGGACCCAGCAUGACCCUCUCAGCCUCCACUGGUUAUCACUUUACAAAGCAAGCGUGGGCAGAUGUUGGGGUUCAAGUCAGUUUGCCCCAGGAACGUGUAGACGAGGUCAAGGUGCUGCGGUGCAGCACCAGGACUGGUGGCCCCAAGGUCCCUCGGAGAGAACGUUCUGCCAGAGUCGGAGCGUGUCCUGUUUCCUUGAAGACUAGAAAGGGCAUUGUCAUACGACCUCAAUCUGCCACCGAGGUGAAUCAGAUUGCCAAGACCCAAGGGAAGAUCAUGGUGCCCCGCCCACCUCCUAGGAUGGAAUCUGUGGAAGAAAAAACAGCGUACACCACUAAGACUCCAUAUGGCAUGGAUCAUGCUAGUGUCAACUGUAAACAAGCUCUGGCUGCAGAGCAGGCUCUGCACAAGGACAACUCAGAAGGCUUUUUCUCACCUUACACACAUCAUGUAAUCAGAACAGAUAGUAGUGUUAUGUACACAGCGCUGCCACCCUCGUAUACCUACCCUGUCGCAGAGGGCAACACGAAAGGCAGGCCAAGCUCAGGUCAUCAAGAAACUCUGAGUUGCGGUAGAAGAAGAGGGAUGGUGUACGAUGAAAAAGGUCUCUGUUUAGAUUGCACUCCCACAGAUGAGGAGAUCUCACAGCUCUGGCAGGGUGUCUGCAGUGCCUUAGUCACCAAGGAUGGGAAAAACAUGCUUAGAAGACAGGCCCCGGAGAGUGGGCGAGUUGGGAGGAAACUCUAUGUGGAGCAGAGCAGACACACUCCUGUCUCAAAGAACAGAAGGCCUCCUCAGCCCACUCAGCCACCAAAACAGGCCACAAACCCACCAAGACCGUAUUCCAAAACUUAUGACAUGGCCUUUCCAGAUGAAGGUUUGGAGAGUGCAGCCCAGUUUCACCUCGCUGAAGUACACGCUGAAGGCCUUCUGGAAGAAAGGGAUAUUGUGGCUGCCACGGAAACAGCCCAAACACAGAGGCCUGGAACAGUGCAGCAGCGCCAACAGCCGGGACUUACCGCCAUUUCCUUGGAAGAGCAAAAGAUCCUCCUCUCUUUAGACAGACUCAACCAACAACUGCAAAGUGUGCGGGAACACACUGGCACGCGUGGCCUCCUACUUAUUGAUGCACCCUCUACAAGGGAAAUGAAGGCCACAAGCCAUCACAAGCACCGUGCAUCCUCAGCCAACAACCGCACUCGACACCAGAAGAAAUCCUGACUUCAGGCUGCAUGGUUGAUAGUGGUCCUCACUCCUAUCAGUGUAUUGAACUUGUCCUGUGGCACUCUGUAUAACCAAGCACUUGAAUUCCUCUAAAAUGGGUUCAGUUGCCUUUGAAGCUGAAUGUGCAUAAUGGAGUAGCUUUAAGAUCUAAGAGAUCAGCAGCAAUAGUCUGUAGAGAUUAAAAAAAAAAGCAUUUUAGCAAAAUUAGACCAAAUAUAAUUUUUUUUACAUAAACUAGUUGAAGUUAGUUUUUUAUUUUUCUCCAUCUGCAUGAGAAAGAACACAUUGUCACGAAAAAACAUAUGUCAGCCCUCGUAGUGCCACUUAAGUAACCGAAUUUUAAGUGCACAUGAAAAUUACAGUGACUGAGAUUCUAUGUGCUGCAACAACUGUUGAUUUGUAUAAGAUGUGUAUUUAUUUUCAAGUCUGCUUCAUUCUGUAUUUAUUUUAUAUAGUAAAACUAUAAUUUGAUAUAAACUGUUUUGGGGAUGAACUGAAUAAAGCUUUUUGUAACACACUGAUAAACGAA